AUGUCGGAUUGGCACAAAUUGGAGGUGAAGGUCGAUAAUACAUGUAAAGAGUCUAAAACAUUAAUAGACAAGUAUAUCGAAAGGCUCAAAAAAUAUGAACAAUUGUCACUGGUGGAAUUUGCCAAAUCCUAUACGGUAACGAACUCUUCCUACAAAAGCAACAUAAAUAAUAAAAUCGUCAUUAUUUAUCCAAAAUAUAAGCACUUUAACAGCGAGGAUAUGGAAUUGUACUACAAGCAGCAAUGUAUACUGCAAAUUCCCUUUAGAAGUAAUUUGCAAGACCUGGUAGAGAACAUUGAAAAUGUUGAACAGCCGUGGUUCUCUCUAUUUGAGGAACGCCACUUAGAAGACUUAAACUCAACGUUUAUGAAUGCUAAUGAAGAUGAUAUUAACGAUAGGCUUGAUAGUGUUAACGAAGAUGAUAUGGAUGGUGAUGGUAGGCAUUUAAAUGCGUUCGAAAUGGUGUCGUCUACUGUAACUGAAAAGGUAGACCAAUGUUUAGGUCAGAGAUUAAUUGAUUUAACGUACGAUUGGUCAUUGGGUGGAUGUAAAUUUCCUUCGUUUGACGAAGUAAGUGCAUUUUUGAAAUCAUUCAAAAAUACAGAGAUCAUGCCGUUGGUAAAAGAAAUACGUGACAAUUUAACAUUAUCGUCUGAUCAAUUAAUGGUUUUGAACAUUUGUAGACGACAGAUUGAAAAUUUCAACCGUGUUAAUAAUAAUGAUGAAAUGUACAAAAGAAUAAUAGUUCAAGGAAAAGCUGGCUCUGGUAAAAGUACUAUUAUACAUUCUAUCGUUAAUGAGAUCAAGAAUGCUUUUGGUGAAAACUCUGUUGCUUUGGUAGCUCCGACUGGCGCAGCGGCAUUAAAUAUCGGUGGAACGACAAUACAUGCUUAUUUUAAAAUACCAUUAUUUUUUAGUAAGUUUGAGCCUUUGAGUGGUGAAUCAUUACGUAAAUUUCAGUUAAAUAAUGAGAAAUUAAAAUUUGUUAUCGUCGAUGAAAUGUCAAUGGUCGGAUGUAGAUUGUUGUACCAGAUAGAAAAACGUUGUCGUGAUAUAUUUCCAUUACGUGAUGAACCAUUCGGCGGCCUAAUUGUGUAUAUGUUUGGAGAUUUUAAUCAGUUACCGCCUGUUAAAGAUGCGGCCUUUUAUAAUCAUAAUGAAAACGAUGUAGUAUCCACUAACGGAGCGAUUCUUUUGCAGUCGUUCCAAUUAUUCAUAGAAUUGACGACGUCUCAUAGACAAAAUAAUGAUGUUUUGUUUUCUAAUAUGUUAGAAAGAAUUGCUCGAGGUGCUUUAACCGUUACGGAUUUCACUGAGUUAUUUACUCGAAGACGAUGUGUAAUGACACUUGACGAUAUUAAAAGUUUCGAUAAUGUUGUUCAUUUAUUACCGACUAAUGCACUUGUAAAAGAUACAAAUUUAUCUAAUUUGAGAAAAUUGGGUACACCUGUAGCGUGUAUUAAUGCUAUUCAUACGCCGAAUGUACGUUCGAUUGAUGGUGACUCAUGCGGUCUCGAUGCGCAAUUAUAUUUAGCUAUAGGAUCCAGAAUCAUAUUACGACAUAAUGUCUGGGUUGCCGGUGGGUUAGUAAAUGGAUCAGUAGGGACGGUAAAGGCGAUAGUUUAUGAUGAAAAUGUUGAGCCACCAAAUUUACCACGUUAUAUAUUAGUUAAAUUUGAAUCAUACACGGGUCCAUGUGUGAUAGAUGAUUUAUUUCCUAUUGUUCCUAUUGUGCGAUCGUGGGAUUGUAAGGGUGUUACGUUUAGUAGAAAACAAUUUCCGAUAUCGUUAGGAUACGCGGUAACCAUUCAUAAAUCGCAGGGAUUGACUUUAGCAUCGGCCGUAAUUGACAUUGGUACAAAAGAAUUUUGUUCCGGACUCACAUAUGUUGCACUGAGUCGAGUCAGGAGUCUUAAGAACAUCAUGUUUUCUGAAUUUUAUGCUAAAAAACGUUUCGAUGUAAUAGGGAAAUCUUGCGCGACAAAAUUGAAAAUACAGUUUAUUGAGAAUUUGAAAAAUAAAUUGGCCGUCCAUUAA